AUGCAAAGCGAGUGCGGUGCCGGGGACGCCUGGAGCUCUAUCAACAUUGCCCUGGCCAAAGACUGCCUCCUGGGCACCGCCAGCCGGAUUGGCACGUUGGAGGGCCGGAUUCCGGGGUUGAAUGACCCUUCGGUGGGCGGGCUGGUGCUGCGAGAGCCCUACGGCGUCAUAUUUGCCAUGGCACCGUGGAACGCACCUUAUGCUCUCGGAUUCCGUGCUGUCGUGGGCCCUGUGGCCGCGGGCAAUACGGUCGUGUUCAAGGGCUCUGAGCUUAGCCCGCGCUGCCUCUGGGCCGUUUGCUCGGUGCUCGAGGAAGCUGGUGUACCGGCAGGGGUCCUCAACUACCUGGCGUGCAGCCCGGCCAAUGCCCCCGGGGUGGCCGAGGCCGUCAUUGGCGCCCCGGCGGUGAAGAAGAUCAACUUUACUGGGAGCACCGCCGUUGGCCGCAUCAUCGGCAAGCUGGCCGGGCAGCAUCUCAAGCCGGUCCUUCUCGAGCUGGGCGGUAAGGCGCCCGCCAUUGUGUGCGAGGAUGCGGACCUGACGCUGGCCGCAGAGCAGUGCGUGCUUGGUGGGUUCCUCAACGCGGGACAGAUAUGCAUGAGUACCGAGAAGGUUCUGGUGCACCAGAACAUCCAGGAAGCAUUUGAAGCCGAGCUGAGGCGAGCCGUGGACAAGCUUUUCCCGCUGGAUCAGGACCCGCCAGUGCUCAUCAACGCAGCGGCCGUCGUCAAGAACAAGGAGCUCGUCCGCGAUGCCACGAGCAAAGGAGCGAGGCUGGUCCACGGCCGGCUUGGUGACGGUGCUGGUGGCGAGCUCAGGACGGCACUGCGGCCACUGGUUGUCGCAGGUGUGCAGCCUGGCAUGGAUAUGUACCUGGCCGAGUCGUUUGGGCCGAGCAUGUCAGUGAUUGGGUUUGACAGCGACGCCGAGGCACUGCGGCUGGCCAACGAGGGCGAGUACGGGCUGAGCGCGGCCGUCUUCUCGCGGGACCUGCGGCGGGCGCUGCGGCUAGCGCGGCGGAUCGAGGCGGGCGCGGUGCACAUCAACCGGAUGACGGUGCAGGACGAGGCAGCACUGCCUCACGGCGGCGCAAAGUCGAGCGGCUACGGGCGCUUCAAUGCGGGCUUUGACGAGUGGACGAGGGCAAAGAACAUCACGUACGACCUGUGA